GGGAAGCCUUCCUAAUGACAUGUUUUAGUUAAGAGGAAUUGAUUGUGGAGAAAGGGAACAAAGUGAACACGUUGAAAAACAAAAUACCAGAGCAGUUUAUUGGCCAAGGGUUUGGGAGAGGCAUUGUGCAUGGGAGUCUCUGAAGAUGGCAGAAGCCCACCAGGCUGUGGCCUUUCAGUUCACGGUCACUCCAGAAGGGAUCGACCUCCAGCUGAGCCAUGAAGCCCUUAAGCAAAUCUAUCUCUCUGGACUCCACUCCUGGAAGAAGAAGUUCAUCAGAUUCAAGAAUGGCAUCAUCACUGGUGUGUACCCGGCUAGCCCCUCCAGUUGGCUCAUCGUGGUGGUGGGCGUGAUGUCGACCAUGUAUGCCAAAAUUGACCCCUCCUUAGGAAUAAUUGCAAAAAUCAACCGGACCCUUGACACGACUGGCUACAUGUCCAGCCAAACGAAGAAUGUGGUCAGUGGUGUCCUGUUCAGCACAGGCCUCUGGGUGGCCCUCAUCGCCACCAUGCGCUACUCCCUAAAGGUGCUGCUGUCCUACCACGGCUGGAUGUUCGCAGAGCACGGCAAGAUGAGCCGCGCCACCAAGAUCUGGAUGGGUAUGGUCAAGAUCUUUUCAGGCCGAAAACCCAUGCUGUACAGCUUCCAGACCUCCCUGCCGCGCCUGCCUGUGCCAGCCGUCAACGACACCGUGAACAGGUAUCUGGAAUCGGUGAGGCCGCUGAUGAAGGAGGAAGAGUUCAAGCGGAUGACGGUGCUCGCCCGGGACUUCGCUGUCAGUCUUGGACCAAGGUUACAGUGGUAUUUGAAGCUCAAGUCCUGGUGGGCCACGAAUUAUGUGAGCGACUGGUGGGAGGAAUACAUCUACCUACGAGGACGGGGGCCGCUGAUGGUCAACAGCAACUAUUACGCCAUGGUGAGUCUUGACCGGUGUCACGUGAGGGUACAGCAGGUGGCAUGUCUGCCCCACAGAAAUGGUGUUUUCAUGGGCCUUCGGGCCACCUGGAUUCGGCUCUUAGGAUCCACAAUCCCACUGUGCUCAGCUCAGUGGGAACGAAUGUUCAAUACCUCUCGGAUCCCAGGCGAGGAGACAGACACCAUCCAGCACCUCAAGGACAGCAAGCACAUCGUCGUGUACCACCGAGGCCGCUACUUCAAGGUCUGGCUCUACCACGACGGGAGGCUGUUGAAGCCCCGGGAGAUUGAACAGCAGAUUCAGAGGAUUUUGGACGACCCCUCCCAGCCCCAACCUGGGGAGGCGAAACUGGCAGCCCUCACCGCGGGAGACAGGGUACCCUGGGCCAGGUGUCGCCAGGCCUACUUCGGACGUGGCAAGAACAAGCAGUCUCUUGACGCCGUGGAAAAAGCAGCGUUCUUUGUGACAUUAGAUGAGACCGAACAGGGGUACAGAAAGGAAGACCCGGACACGUCCAUGGACAGCUAUGCCAAGUCUCUCCUGCACGGCAGGUGCUUUGACAGGUGGUUUGACAAAUCAUUCACAUUCAUCGUUUUCAAAAACGGGAAGAUGGGCAUGAAUGCUGAGCACUCCUGGGCCGACGCGCCCAUCAUUGGCCAUCUAUGGGAGUAUGUCAUGGCUACUGACAGCUUUCAGCUGGGCUAUGCAGAAGAUGGGCACUGCAAAGGGGAUACCAACUCCAGCAUUCCGUACCCCACCAGGCUGCAGUGGGACAUCCCGGAGGAAUGUCAAGAGGUUAUAGAGACCUCCCUGAACAGUGCAAAUCUUCUGGCAAAUGACGUGGAUUUUCAUUCUUUUCCAUUCGACAACUUUGGGAAAGGCCUGAUCAAGAAGUGCCGCACGAGCCCAGACGCCUUUGUCCAGCUGGCGCUGCAGCUGGCGCAUUACAAGGACAUGGGCAAAUUUUGCCUCACGUACGAAGCCUCUAUGACCCGGCUCUUCCGGGAGGGCAGGACGGAAACCGUGCGCUCCUGCACCACCGAAUCCUGCAGCUUCGUGCUGGCCAUGGUGGACCCGGCCCAGACGGUGGAACAGAGACUCAGGUUGUUCAAGAUUGCGUGCGAGAAGCACCAGCACUUGUACCGCCUUGCCAUGACGGGCUCGGGCAUCGACCGCCACCUCUUCUGCCUUUAUGUUGUGUCCAAAUACCUCGGUGUGGAUUCUCCGUUCCUUAAAGAAGUUUUAUCUGAGCCUUGGAGAUUAUCAACCAGCCAGACUCCUCAGCAGCAGGUGGAGCUGUUCGACUUGGAGAGGAAUCCGGAGUACGUGUCCAGUGGCGGCGGCUUCGGACCAGUUGCUGAUGAUGGCUACGGUGUGUCCUACAUCCUUGUGGGAGAGAACCUCAUCAAUUUCCAUAUCUCUUCCAAGUUCUCUUGCCCCGAGACAGAUUCUCAUCGUUUUGGGAAGCACCUGAGACAAGCCAUGAAGGACAUCGUCGCUUUGUUUGGGCUCAAGUCCAACUUCAAAAAGUAAAUUCCUGUAAAGGUGCUGGGAAGGAAAAUGAACUCUUCUGAGACAAACCAAAUGAAAAAUAGGUGUUCAUCUUGAUUGUGUCAUAGUUCAGGAUGAAAAAUUGCUCUUAAGAAAACUCAGAAGUUCUCCUUCCAGAAAAUGUUGCUGUUUUUGUUUUCCUACAUCGGUGUGUGAACAGGAUAGUUCCACCGUGUGAAGCGUAACUCUGCUGCCAGGCUUGUUCUCCCUUAGGGGACAUUUGAUAAAGUCCCCCCGAAAGUCUUUUGCAUCGGCGUGUAUUUAUUAAGGGACUAAAACAUCGUUGAACUAAUUAGAGAAUCAGUAGGGUUGUGACUUCACACGCGCCGGAAGUGGAAUUGGCACACUUCCUCAGUGGUGACUGAAUACCUGGUACUUACGGCAUUUAAUGUCAUCAGAGCAGUAUAAAGGUUGCUUUGUUAAAAGGAAAAAGUGUUGGUCACGUUUUUGGUGUCAACAGUUAAAGCUAACACACUAGUAACACACUAACAUGAAAUGCUGUUUUGGAAGCAGGUCUUCGUCACCAUGGGUAACUGUCAUCAUCUGGUGUGGGAGCCUGUCUCUGCCUCUCCGUGUUCCCAGCAGGCAGGAUACCACGUCUUUAGUUUUACUGUUUUGCAUGUCUUCAAGAGCCAGUGCCUUAAAAGUGAAAGGCCCUACAUAAAUGUAAGGGAGACCAAUGAGAGUUUUAUUUUGUGAAGCUUUGGGGUGGGAUUGUGGGUCUGUUGUUCCCUUCUCAAUUUACUGGGUACGGAUAACCCUAGAUAAGUGUUUGCAGUGGUUCCCUCCCUCCCUGAGAAAGACCAAUUCCCUCAGGAGGGCAGCUGUGCGGGGUUUUCCUCAUUGGACUGCCUUCUUAUCAUUAAGCAACAAAAGAAAUAACAAGUGUGUUUUAGAAGAAGGGAACCAAAGAUAUGAUGGUUCAGUGUCAGUGUGUCUGGAGAAUUCACUUUAGAAUAAAAUCUAAUAUGUGCCUCAGGAUCACAGCCUGCCCAGACUGACAGCAAGCAGAGCAGGACAUUGGCCACUGAGGCAGGACAGCCUGUGUGGAAGGGAAGGGCAGUCCCCCACGGUCAGCAGGGUGCAGCUGCCGUGGUGAGAGGAGUCCCACUCUCCUUUCCAGAGGAGUUGGAGGUAGAUGGAAACAGAGGGCUGGGUCACGCUGGUGGGCAGCUGGACUGUCACGAGUGAUGGUGCUAGGUUACCGUGACCUGUACUUCAGACAGGAGUGCCUUUGCCGGGACCGUCUGAUGACCACACAGCAAUUAUGCACUGAGUCAUCUUCAGUAUUUAAUGUAAAAGAGAAGCAUCAUGGAAUGAAAUUCUUACUGCCUCUGAGCUGUCCUGACAAGCUUGGCUGUUUUUUAAAAUCGUGUAUUUAUUUUUCCGACCACUUCGUUCUAGCUGGGCUUACCUCCUUCAGACUUCCGCGCCCCACUGGUACAAAAUCCUGGGCUGGACUGUUGGAGCAGACAGAAGAUGCUUGCUGAAGAGCAUGUGUAUUUUAUUUAUGUACAUUUUGUAAUGCAAAAUUUCCCCUCAAUGGGCCAAAGAUUUUUUUCCACUUAAAAGCAAGAAGAAGUGAAAAGACCAAAAAAAAAAAAAGCAAAAACAAAAAACCAGUAGUAUCAGAACCCCCCUCAUCAUCUGUGGUAUGCAGCUCCAGAGGGUUUAUGGGGAAAUAGCCCCUCUGCCCAGGGCAAGUGUAGCUUCCAGUCAAAGCUGGCAUCAGUGUCUGUCAGAGCCACCUGGCCCGUGCACUGUGGACCACUGAGCAGUCUAUCACCGCAGUGUUCACACCGGACGCGAGUGUAGAUAUGUUAGUACUUCAGCAUAUUUGGCUUUAUAUCUCAGGUUUUAAAUGUUUCAAAUGUAGUUGUUGCUAAUCAGUGCAGUUAUCAAUGCAAUUUCAUAUUCCUUACAAGGAGGAAGAGUGGGUUUUUAUUGUACAUGUUGAAAGGGGGGAGGUAAGAGUAUUAUGUAUUUAAUUUGGAACAAACCAUAGUCUUAAUGCAGCCAUGGUUUGAAUUUGUUAUGUUGGUCCGUUCGUUGCAUGUAAAUACAAUAUGCUCUUUGGAUGUAAAUCUUAGAAACGCACAGUAUGGAUGUAGGAUAUCAAUAAUAAAACAUUAAUCCCAGUCUACUA